AUGGUAACCACCAUUCGUUUGCCGGUUACCCUUCUCUUUCAAUUUGUGAUGAUGUUCGGAGGCAAGAUGGCGAAACGCAAAUAUAACCCGGAGUAUUUGAAAUAUGGAUUUUCGUUCAUUGAGGACAAACACGGACAGAAACCCCAGUGUGUUAUUUGUAAUGAAGUGCUGGCACAUGAGAGCAUGAAACCAUCCAAACUAAUGCGACAUUUACAAACGAAACAUCCCGCAUGUAAAGACAAGCCGGUGGAGUUUUUUCAAAGACGACUUCAUGAGCUGAAGGUAUCACAGAAGUGUCUGACAGCAUCUUGCUCCAAACAAGAACAUGCGCUCCGGGCAUCUUACCACGUAGCUCACUGUAUUGCGAAGGCCAAGAAACCCCACACAAUAGCCGAAGAGCUUAUUUUACCCGCUGCCAUGGACAUGGUAAGAGAGGUGCUGGAUCAAUCAGCGUCAGACAAGCUUAAAACAAUACCCCUGUCCAAUGAUACUAUAGCUCGGCGUAUUGAAGACAUGUCUGGUAACAUAAAACAACAGACCACAGCUCGCGUCCAGGCAAGCCCUUACUACGCAUUACAGAUGGAUGAAUCCACGGAUAUAGCUCACCAUGCCAUUUUACUGGUUUAUGUGAGACAUGUGUGGGACGGUGAUUUGCAGGAACAAUUUCUCUGCAGCAGAGAACUCCCUACCACUACCAAAGCAGAGGACAUUUUCAACUCCGUGGACUUGUAUUUGAGCUCAGUGGGCCUAAGCUGGGAAUACUGUGUUGGAAUCACAACUGACGGCGCUGCCUCCAUGACCGGGAAACAUUCAGGUGUGGUGAAACAAAUUCUGAUGAGGGCACCUAAUGCGACUUGGAACCACUGCUUUUUGCACCGAGAGGCACUGGCGGCUAAGAAUAUGGUUCCUGUGCUUGAUGAAGCUUUGCAAAAUGUCAUCAAAGUGGUGAACCACAUAAAACGGAGUGCGAAGAACAGCCGCUGCUUUUCAAAUCUAUGUAAAGAUUUGGGCUCUGAGCAUAUGCAGGUGUUGUAUCACUCCGAAGUGCGCUGGCUGUCGAGGGGUAAGGUCUUGUCACGCUUUUACGAACUGAAAACAGAAAUCGCCACUUUCCUCUCAGAGAAUAACUCCUCAUAUGCUGAACUGUUUGACAACGACACCUGGCUCGCACUUGUUGCAUAUCUUGCUGAUAUUUUUGAGCACCUCAACACGUUAAACGUGUCUAUGCAGGGGAAAGGACACAACAUUUUUGAACAGUCAGACAAAAUUGUUGCGUUCAAGAAAAAGAUCACACUGUGGGUAAAUCAUUUAUCCAAAGACAGACUGGACAUGUUUCCAAACGCUUGCCAGGAAGCACAGCAGCUGGACACCACGGCCAAAAAUGACUUGAAAAAAACGAUCAAGGUGCAUCUCAAUAAACUUCAAGCUCGGUUUGACGACUACUUCCCAGAGAGACACGGAGAUAACGUUAAUGCCUGGAUACGCGACCCUUUCAGCAUCAACAUGGAAAGCGUCAUGUUGCCAAGCAACGAAGAACAUCAGCUGGUGGAGCUGUCAUGUGACCAGACGCUGAAAAAGAGAUUCGGCGACGUAAGCCUUUCCCACUUCUGGUGCAGCGAUGUGAUGGCUGAGUAUCCAUCUCUCGCCACUCUUGCAGUCAAAACGAUCCUACCAUUCAGCACGACCUAUCUUUGUGAAAGUGGCUUUUCUACCUUGGUGCAGCUCAAGUCAAAGCAGAGAAACAGGUUGAACACUGAGCAUGAUCUGAGAGUAACUCUGUCUACUGUCACCCCAGACUUUGAAACUCUGAUCAAAAGUAAAGCACAUGCCCAACUGUCUCACUGA